AUGGGCAAGAGUAAGGCGUCGAUCACGGUGGCCGACGUGAUGGAGGAUGAGAUGGACCGUGAAUUUCAACAACAUCCAAUCCUCACUCAGCUUCAGGAGUUUCAAGAGGCCAUGUCCAUAAUGAUCGUCUGCAAUGAAGACCUCCAACAAGCCAUGGCCGAUCUCUCUGUCCACCGACUCCGUCAAGAUCAACAUCAGCUCCAUUUGAAACCGUCGAAGUGCCUCUUUGGACAACACUCUAUUACCUAUUUAGGCCAUAUUAUAUCCGCUGGUGGCGUUACUGUUGACCCUUCCAAGAUAGCAGCCAUUGCAAAAUGGCCAACUCCUUUUAGCGUCCAAGCUCUCUGUGGGUUCUUAGGUCUUACCGGCUACUACUGCAAGUUCGUACGGCAUUUUGGACUCAUUGCCAAGCCUCUGAUAGACUUACUGAAGAAGGAUAACUUCUCAUGGUCCUCCACAGAACACAUGACGUUUACGGCCCUCAAGGUGGCUUUGUCAUCUACACCGGUCCUAGCCCUUCCCGACUUCACCAAGUCUUUCACCUUGGAAUGCGAUGCCUCCAAUGUUGGCAUUGGUUCAGUGCUGUCAUAG